AUGGCGGCCUCUGAGGCAGUGGAGGCGGAUCCCGCGGCUCUCGCCUCGGGUGCCCCGGCUGUCCCGGCGGCCGCAAGGGGUGCCGCCGCAGCCUCAGGUCCUUGGGGUCCCCCCAGGCAGCUGAGAGGCAGCCAACCCCGACCCACGGUGGCGAGGCAGCAGCCCAUGGGCUCAGUGUCGCCAGCCCCGGAGCUCUUCCAGCCGCUGGUGAGCGAGCUGUCCUGGGCCGUGAGGACCAACAUCCCGUGCAUGGUGCACAGCUGCAGUGAGAUCCUGCCCAACAGCCCCGCGCUCAACAUGCACCGCCUGUGGGAUGGCACAGUGAAUCCAAGAAUAAGAAAAGUUUUGAAAACCGUACCGAAAUUCUACGGCUGCUGCUGCUAA